UUAAAUAGUCGAUCUUAGAGGUAACAGAUGAACCAAAAAGUUGAGGAAGUGUACGAGGUAUAUGAAAUUCAAGAGAAUUUAAGUGAAGAAAUUGAGUUUGAAGUCGAAAGUAGGAUUAGAUGAAAAAAUGAGAGAGCCUUUGAGGAGAGACUUAUUGUUAACAAAAAGAAACAUAGAAGACUUGGGAAGAUGAUUCAAGUGAAAAAUAAAACAGAAUUUGAUUUAGGUGUUUCUAUUUUUCAUCAGAACUCAGCCAAGAAUCACCAAGUUUCUGGCAGUAAAGAAGAAAGACCUAUAAAGCUUCAAAUCAACUGCUCCGGAAAUACUAGUAUGGUGAAGGAUGGUUUGUUCUCUUGAACAUUUGCUAAUAACUCCUCCAAACCUGAGAUAAGAAGCGAAUCUAAAAUCAAAAAACGUCUCAAGACAGCAAAAGAUAGAGCUGUUACAUUCAAGAACUUUUUCAAGGUCAAAAAGGAGAUUAGUCGGAAUAAAAUAAUUUUUGAUGGAGACAGAAGCCCUCUAAGCUCCAAGAAUGGAAUAUUAAAUCGUAGAAAGAAAUUAAGAGCAAAAUCUUGUGCGAAGGUCAUAAUACCUAAUGAUAAGAACUACAUGACCCAUAAAGGUUUUUACUCCCAUACAUCAAAUUCCAACCUCAGAUCCUCAUAUGGAAAUCUCAUAGCAACUUCUUCAAAAUUUAAGAAACCGAAUAGGAAAACUAAUUCAGACUAUUCCAAAAUUUUGAUGGAUAAAAUAGUAAAGUGAUCUCAAAUAUUUCAAAAUUAUGAAGGUCUUCAUACUUUCUCUGUUAACAAGAGCUUGAAGCUAUCUCUGAAGCAAGGCCAGAAGCCAUUAAAACCAAGAUAUAUGCAUGAAGAAAAUUCACCAGAUUAUACAGCUAUAAAUAAGAUCAGGAGGUUGGUUAGAUCCCACCAAAGGAACUUUUUAAAAAAUUCAAGAGAGAGCGUGAGCCAGUGGUCGACUACUACAAAGGCUUCUAUGGCAAGCUCUAGUUUUGCACGAGGGAUCAGUAAGAAAAGGCUUAACAGGAUUAUCUCCCAUACAAGAAUCUAGCAAAAUUCAUACAAUUAUACAUCUUCAAUUCAGCCUGUA